AUGAUAAAAUGGAGGCCUUUUUAUCAUUAUCUCUACUUCAAACCCAAAAACAGACCAAUUACUUCAACUUGUGCUGCCCCGUUAGACCCAAAAUCAAUCCCAAAUGACCAUACAUCCCUUUGCCAAUCCUUAGUUCAUGACCUUCUUAGCCGCGGUCUUUUGUCCUCUGCCCAGCAAGUUAUCCAGAGAUUCAUUGCCAGCUCUUCCACAGUCACUGAUGCAGUCUCCGUCAUUGAAUUUGCCUCCAGGAGUGGCAUGGACCUUGGCCUUGGAAUUUCUAGUGAACUCGUUAGGAAAUUGGUUGACUUGGGUGAGCCUUUAUCUGCGCAUGAGUUUUAUCACGAUCAUGUGAUUGCUAGGGGUAUUGAACAGGACUCGAAUAUUGUUAAUUCUAUGGUUGUUUCUUUGACUAAGUUAGGGAAAUUAGAUGAUGCUGUAAAGCUUUUUGAUAGACUUAUUGGUAGUGAUGAUUGCGUGCUUAGUAAUGCUGCUUGUAGCGUGAUUCUUGAAGGGUUUUACAAACAAGAUAAGUUUUUGGAGGCUUUUGAUUAUUUUGUUAGGAUUAGUGAUGCAAAUGUAAAAUUGGGUAUGUGGGUUUAUAAUGUUUUGAUUAAUGGAUUGUGUCAUCAAGGGUAUGUGGAUGAAGCAAUGGAAGUGUUUGAUAUAACGUGCAAAAGAACCGGGUUGCCUCCUACUCUGCAUAUGUUUAAGACAUUGUUUUUUGGGCUUUGCAAGAGAGGGUGGUCUGUGGUGGCGGAGUCGUUUUUUGAAGAGAUGGAGGCACAAGGUUAUUUUGUGGACAAGGUGAUGUAUACUUCGCUAAUGAAUGCUUAUGGUAAGGAUAAGAAGAUGAAGAUGGCAAUGAGGGUUUAUUUUAGGAUGCUAAAGACGGGUUGUGACCCGGAUGUUUCUACUUAUAACACUUUAAUUCAUGGGUUUUUAAAGAUGGGUUUGUUUGAUAAAGCAUGGGUGUUGUGGAACAUGAUGAAUGGCUUGGGAAUUCAGGCUAAUGAGGUGACUUAUAAUUUAAUGAUUUGUAAUUAUUGCAAACAAGGGAAGUUGGAUUGUGCUACUGCGCUUUUGAAUAGCAUGAUUCCCUGCAACCUGGCUCCCCGUGUGCAUUGUUAUACUCCUAUAAUGGCUGCUCUUUACAAGCAGAAUAGGUGUUUGGAAGCUGAUGAGUUUUGUGAAGGAAUGCUGGAAAGUGGAAUUGUUCCGGACCAUAUUUUGUUUUUUGUACUCAUGAAGAAUAAACCUAAGGGGCUUGAGCUUCAACUCUGUUUGUUGAUGUUGCAGGCAAUUGCCAAGAACGGGUGUGGGUUGGACCAUUCUUCACUCUCAAAUUCUAAUAAGAUAAAUUCCACUGUGGAUUUGGAGCAAGAGAUUGAGCUACUUCUGCGUGAUAUCAUAAGAAGUGACUUGAAUCUAGGUAGUGCAGCUGGCAGUAUCUACAUUAUUGCCUUGUGUGAAGGCAGAAAGACAGAAGCUGCUUUAGCUUGCUUGCAAAAGAUGGUCAAUGCAGGAUGCAUUCCUUUGCUUUUCACUUUCAACUCUUUCAUCAAAUGUCUAUCCCAGGAUGGGCUUUUUGAGGAUGUCAAGUCUCUGAUUGAAAUUAUGCAAAACUGGGGCAUGGUUCCAAACUUGGAAACUUAUCUGAUUGUGGUAAAUGAAUACUGUAAACAAGAGGAUCUAGUAUCGGCUCUUCAUAUUUUGGACCAGAUGGAGGAAGCAGGACUGAAACCUAAUGUCGCUAUUUAUGAUUGCAUCAUUGCUGGUCUAAGCCGACAAGGGAGAAUCUCUGAAGCAGAAACUCUUUUCCACAGGAUGUGUAAGAAUGGUUUGGAUCCUGAUGAAGUUGUCUAUAUGACAAUGAUCAAUGCUUAUGCUAGGAAUGGAAGAGGUGAUAAAGCUCUCCGUCUGUUUGAGAUGAUGAUAGAGAAUACCAUCCAGCCAAGUUCUAGUGGGUUAGUGAAGAGAAAAAUGACCAUUCAGGGAUGCGUUUAUCUUGAAAAAAUGUUGGGAGAGAGUUUUGUGCCAAACAUCAUAUUGUAUAGUUCUCUCGUCAAUCAUUAUUUGAAGAUGGGUGAGUUUAAGUAUGCCUUCAGACUGGUUGAUUUGAUGGUUAGAAGUAAGAUUAAAGCAGACCUCGUCUUGCACAUUGCUUGGAUUGGUGGUCUUUUCAGAAAUAUCACUGGCACCAAGAAAAGAUGGUACGUGACAAACAUAAUGUCUAUGAGGGCUAGAGAACUGCUGUUUAAUUUGCUCCAUCAAAAAGCUUCCUUGCCUAGUGAAGAUGUUUUCGGUGUUUCCGAGCAUUCUCCUGGAGAAUUAAAAGAAUUAGCAUUGAUGCUCAUGCGGAAAAUAAAAAGAACAGGAUUUAUGCCCAAUCUUUACCUCUAUAAUGUCAUUAUCUCUGGAUUCUGUUGGGCGAAUAUGAUGCAUGAUGCAUACCAUCAAUUUAAACUGAUGCAAAAGGAGGGUCUACGUCCAAAUGAAGUGACCUUCACAAUUCUCAUUGGUGCACAUGGCGGGGCUGGUGAAAUUGAUCACGCUAUUGGGUUGUUUAAUAGGAUGAAUGCAGAUGGUUUUACUCCUGAUAGAUGUAUACACAACACUUUACUGAAAUCCCUUUGUAAGGCUGGUAGAGAAUUAGAUGCUUUAUCUCUUUUACAUACAAUGCACAAGAGGGGGUUCUUUCCGAGCAGGCUUGCUUAUGAAAAAUUACUCCAAUAUUUUUGUGCUCAUUACAUGUGCAUUCCUGCCUUCAGAAUAUUUGAAGAGAUGGUUGCUUGCAAUCUUGUGCCUUGCCUUUUUAGAUGGAACUGGCUGCUUUAUAUCUUAUGUGAAGAAAAGAAACUCCAUGAAGCUUAUAGGGUGUGUAAUGUGAUGUUUGACAGAGGAAUUCUGCCCGACGAGUCGGUAAUGAGGCUUCUAGUAAAAACAUCUGAUGAACACCCAUUGCUUCUUCUGAACGGAGAAGUUCUGAGCAAAUAUGAACAGCCCCCUCUUUCCCAGUAG